AUGAAACGACAGGAAGAGGCAUUUCACACCCGACCUUCGAUCAAGAUCAUCAUCCCCGACCGACUGAAGGGCCUGCUCGUGGACGACUGGGAAAACAUCACUAAGAAUAACCAACUUGUUCCCCUUCCCCACCCCAAGCCUGUCAACAAGGUCCUCUCUGAUUACAUGGAUUACGAAAAGCCGAAGCGUCCCGAGGGUUCGCCUAAUAUCGACAUUCUCGAGGAAACCGUUGCGGGUCUGAAGGAGUAUUUUGAUAAAUGCCUUAGCCGCAUUCUGCUCUACAGGCAACGUGCCCAGUACUCGGAGAUCCGUGAGAAGUGGAUUUCUGGCGGUCCCGAGUGGCAGGGCAAGACGGCUUGUGACACGUAUGGAUCGGAGCACCUGAUGCGCCUCAUGGCUUCUAUGCCUGAGCUGAUUGCCCAAACGAACAUGGAUCAGCAAUCUGUGAACCGUCUGCGUGAGGAGUUGAGCAAGUUUUGCCAAUGGCUGGAGAAGGACGCUGGCGAGUACUUCGUCAAGGAAUACGAGGUUCCCAACGCCGAGUACACUGAGAAGGCCAAGAACUAA